AUGGACUAUUUGCUUGAGCAAUUUGAGCAGGGUAAGACCUUAUAUGCAGAGGACGCAUUCAUGAGCCCAUGUUGCAAUUCUGGAUGGGCAAAGUUGGACAAAUACUACAGCUUGACAGACAGAUCUCCUGUUUAUAUUGCAGCUUUAGUACUAUGUCCGCAAAAUAAGUGGCAAUAUAUGGAGGAUAACUGGCCAAUUGAAUGGAUUACCGAUGCAAAAGCAAAGGUACAGCUCUUUUGGGAUAGAGAGUAUAAGUCUACAGCAAUCACAGUCCCUACACCAGCUACCGAGACAGCUUCUACAGUACAUAACGCUUUUCAGGAAUGGCAGAAGAAGAGACAACGGUCACAAUUUGAUAUUGAUGAAUAUACAAAGUAUCUACAAGCUGCAGUAUUGCCCGAAAAGACCAGCAUCCUAAUCUGCUACGACAACAAUGUAACUGAAAAUGUGCGCGCUACCGCUCUUCUCGGUGCCGAGAUCAUCUUCAUGCCGCACGUCACGAUGUGCACGCCAUCUACACGCCCUGGGGCUGGGUUCGUGGACCACCAGCUGUGGCAGAAUCGAGAGCGGGACCCCACGAGCCUGCGCGCGGAAUUCGAUGGGUUGAAGGGGCGGGCCUGGCUGAUGACGUUGCUUCUGGCACGGGCAUACGACAGUGCAGUGUUCAGCAACCCCAUUGGAAUGGAUGACGACCAGCUGAAGAACGGGUGCUCGAUGGUGCUGGAUCCGUUUGGGGAUGUGGUUGCUGAGUGUCGCAAACUCGGCGAAGCGAUGGCAGUGGCGGUAUGCUCGCGGGAGAAGAUGGAGAUGGCUGGGAGGUUCCGGUAUAGGAAAGCAAGGAGGCCCGAGUUGUAUGGGCAUAUCGUUGGAAAGGAUCGUGAGUCCAAGUUGGCGGUUACUUGGAUGAGUAAAUAAUGAGGUAGACACUUCGUUAUAACUUGAUUGCACUGCAGUUGUUGGGCUAGGUGGAAAUGAAUUAUCGGCCGCAUCAUUGCCCAAAAUUCAAAGCCUAUUGGGAAAGAUAUCAUUCCGGAACCGAGACAAUUAACAUUGACUAAGAAUAUUUAAAAAAGAUAGCUAGGAUAACUAUUG